UUCGUGAAUAUUUAUGCAUACAAUAAUCAGUCGUUGUUGUUCAUCAUAAUAACACAAGUCAUAAAUAUCCUCAACAGAACUAAAUAAUUUAGUUCCAACAAUUCUUUUCUUCCAUCAAUAAAUAUUAUACUUCCCUCACGGUGUUACCAAAAGAUUCUCACAAAAUACGAGAUAAAGUACAUGUAUUUUGGACUCACAUCCCCGCCUACGUUUGUAAAUUCUUCCUUGGCGUUGGCGUCCAUGUUUUCCUUUUAAACCAAAGUUGUGGUGUGUAUCAACUGACUUUUGAAUACACACACAAUCACUGUAUGUAUAUGUGUAUAUAAUACCCAAUCUAAUACUUCUUGCUUUCGUCUCGCCAACCCCCAUAAAAAUUUCUUUAAAUCUUCGAGAAAUGAAAGCCCCCAUCAAUUAAAGAUCACUUUUUUCUAUCUGGGUAGCAGACGGAUUGUCUAUCGGAUGCUUAGAGGGUAUCUUACGAGUGAUUAGGACUGAACAUAGCCCCAUGUAACGAGGACUCUCUUUUGGUUGAAAUAUCUGGGAGUAACUUUUGGCAAUAUGGUGGAUGGCAUGCAAGAUGAAGAAGUUGGCAGCAAGCCCCUCGGAAGGUGCUCUGUUUUCACUUAUGGGAUGGGGCACAUGCUCAAUGACAUUACAUCUGCCUGUUGGUUUACUUACCUCCUAGUAUUUUUGACUGACAUUGGAUUGUCUCCAGGGGAUUCGGCGGCCGUUAUGCUUUCUGGUCAAGUAGCUGAUGCAUUUGCAACCGUAUUUGCUGGCGAAUUGAUUGACAGAUUUGGAUACUUCAAGAUAUGGCAUGCUGCUGGGUCUGUAUUGGUUGCCUUUUCAUUUUCAUCAGUUUUUGGUGGUUGCAUGCCUUGCAAGAUCCUUGGCAACAACUCAUUGAAGCUGCAGACCAUAGGAUAUAGCAUAUUUGCAGCAAUCUUCAAUAUCGGUUGGGCUGCUACUCAAGUUUCACACAUGUCUAUGGUGAACUGCAUCACGAGCAACUCCACGAGUAGAGUAAUGUUGACCAGCUGUCGCAAUGCUUUUACCAUGGUUGCUAACCUCAGCCUGUAUGCCAUUGCUUUGCUAGUCUUCAGUGUAAGCACAUCAAAGACAGUUGUCAAUGUUGAAAAUCAGUACCGCUGGAUAGCAUACUCGUCAAUUUUCUUUGGAUGCUGCUUUGUGGCCAUAUUUCUUAUUGGAACUAGAGAGCCAAGAUUAUAUCGAGGAGAUUGCAAGACUUACACCCGGAUUUCUUGGACUUACUGGUUUAAGAAAAUUCUGUACUACCAAGUUGCUCUUGUCUAUGUUGUCACCAGAUUAGUAACCAAUGUUUCACAGGCGUUUCUGGCAUUUUAUGUUAUCAAUGAUCUUCAGAUGGCCCAAUCUUCUAAAGCUUUGGUUCCUGCAAUCAUCUACAUUUGCAGCUUUAUUGUAUCAAUCUUCCUACAGGAAAUGAGAUGGACCAGCCAACACUUGAAGGCCAUUUUUAAUGCUGGAUGUUUUCUUUGGAUAUCCUGUGGUAGUAUCAUCCUCUUCUUACCAAGAAGCAUGAAUUACUAUAUGUACAUUCUGUCAAUACUUAUUGGCAUGGCUAAUGCACUAAUGAUGGUGGCUGGGAUAAGCAUGCAAAGUGUUCUAGUGGGUGAAGAUCUUAAUGGCGUUGCCUUUGUUUAUGGAUCAUUGAGCUUUUUAGAUAAAAUGUCAUGUGGAAUUGCAUUGUACAGUCUUCAGUCAUAUCAGCAAUCAGCAGAUACCUUAUCAAACAUGCAGGAAUGUAGUCCAUUCCAUGCCUGUUUCUCCGUCACAAGAUAUGGAUUAGGUCUUGUUCCUGCACUUUCUGCUCUCGUCGGAAUCAUAGUAACUUCUACCAUGAAACUACAUCCAUCGGCAUUAAACCCUUUGGCAGAACCUCUAUUAGCACAGUUUUAAAGAUUAGCUUGUUUUUGGUUUCGUAUACAGAUAUGAUCAAGCAAUUCCUCGGCUUUGAUGUGUACUCGAAGCAAAGAUACCUCUAGGCCAUACCCGAUAUCUAACUCCUGAAAUCCUGCCAAAAAGAUACGGCUAGUCACUUUGUAAUUGUACACAACUCUGUACAUAAUCGUGUACACUAGUCUUGUAUAUUACACAGAUAUAAGCUAAAAGACUGUGAAUAGUUCAUUCACAUAUGGUAAACAUUUAGGAACAAUUGGAACUGGUCUUCUGGUUGCCAGAGAUUUAGGCACAUUUGUUAUUCUCACUGUCAAGAUUAAAAACAGUCUUAUCGUAAAUUAGGCUCCUGUUUGUUAUCGUAAAUUUAUUGUAUGGAAUGAGAAUCUCAUUCCUAUUGGUAAA